AGCUCCUUUCGCAUAAUAGACCUCACCAUCAAUUCAAUUCCGCUGAUGCCGUACAUGUUCUGGCAACUCUGCCGGUGGGAACUCAAAAUCCUAUUCUACCCUGCCACAGCCACUCUCCUUCGAACUCCAACCACAUGCUUCCUGCAUUCCCUUUCGGACCCACCCCACUGGAAACCACCAUCACCACCACCGCCAAUCGUUUAUCUUCAGAAUCUCCUCAAGUUCCGGAGGGACAAGCCCGCCAUCGAAGUGGAGCGAGCACUCGACCUAUGUGGGUUCCAGCUUAGCGACAAACUCGUCUUCGAAGUGCUUAAACGGCAUCAUUCUGAUUGGAGGCCCGCCCUCGUGUUCUUUAAUUGGGCUUGUAAAGCGAGUCCCGAGCGAAAUGGGUAUGUGCCAAGUUCCGUCGUUUUCAAUGAGAUUGUGGAUAUUCUCGGGAAGAUGAAGCGGUUUGAGGAGCUCUACCAGGUGCUCGAUGAAAUGUCCCAUAGACAGGGUGUCAUGAAUGAGUUGGUUUUUUCCACAUUGAUUCGUAGGUAUGUGGGUGCACAUAAGGUGGAGGAAGCUGUUGGAAUAUUCUAUAGGAGGAAAGAGUUUGGAUUGGAGAUUGAUUCUAAAGCAUUUAGGACCCUCUUGAUGUGGUUGUGCAGGUACAAGCAUGUAGAAGAUGCAGAAACUUUGUUUCGCAGCAAGGUGAAUGAGCUUCCACCUGAUAUAAAGUCCUGGAACGUGAUCCUCCAUGGUUGGUGCAUCUUAGGGAACACACAUGAGGCAAAGAGGUUGUGGAAAGACAUAUUGGCAUCUAAGUGCAAGCCAGAUCUUUUCACUUAUGCAACAUUUAUCAAGGCAAUGACCAAGAAGGGGAAGCUUGGCACUGCACUGAGGUUGUUCCAUGGCAUGUGGGAUAAAGGUUGCAAGCCCGAUGUUGUGAUAUGCAACUGUAUUGUUGAUGCUCUUUGUUUCAAAAAGAGGGUUCCUGAGGCAUUGGAAGUUUUCAAGUGCAUGAGCGAAAGGGGUGUUGAACCUAAUGUGGCUACUUACAACUCCUUGAUCAAACACAUGUGUAAGAUUCGGCGAAUGCAGAAGGUAUAUGAGCUAGUGAGUGAUAUGGAAAGGAGGGAGGGGAAUUGUUUGCCUAAUGCUGUUACUUAUAGCUACUUGCUGGGUUCCUUGAAGGAGCCGAAGGAAGUUCCUGUGAUUUUGGAGAGGAUGGAGAGAAAUGGGUGUAGCAUGAAUGAUGAUGUUUACAACUUGGUUUUGAGGUUGUACAUGGAAUGGGAUGACCAGGAUGGGGUGAGAAGAACAUGGGAAGAGAUGGAAAGGAAUGGAUGGGGACUAGAUAGGCGAUCUUAUACAAUCCUGAUUCAUGGGCACCUCAAAAGUGGGAGGACGAAGGAUGCCUUGCGCUAUUUUAGGGAGAUGGUGUCUAAGGGAAUGGAGCCUGAGCCAAGAACUGAGAAACUAUUGAGUUCCAUGAACAUUCAGUCAAAAGAAAGAACAGAAAAACAAAAAGGAUGAUGGUAUUGGAGUUAUCUAGUGAUCCAAUUCUUCCAAUAACUUCAUUGCCAUUGGUUCGGGUUCUCUAAGUCGAAAAUUGCCAACAGUAAUAUAUCUUUGAAGGCCAUUGAGUGCUAAUACACUUAGACGCAUAGGAUGUUGAUUUGGUUGAAUUUUCGAACAUUGAGAUAUCUUGCCAAACUCUUUAGACUGUCAAGAAGCAAGGAAAGGAGAUAACCCGACACCAAAUUUUAUGAUUCGAGAUUUUAUGUUAAUUAGAGGGUCCAGAAAUUAGAAGGCUGGGGUUAUUUUGCUCCCUUAUCUGUUUAUGAUAGCUGUGUUAGUUGGAUAAGCUUACAUUUUCUCAUCCAAUUAAGCACCUCGGCAGAUUUUCUACUAAUGUUUAAAAAAGAGAAUUCAGCCGGUGGAAGCAAUAGGAGGAACUAUCUCAACUUAGUCUCAAUCAAACAGUGCUUGGAAAAUGAGAAAAUGUACCGCUGAAGAAAGGAAUGGAGGAUUUGAAGAGUGAUAGAGUUUGAAAUGGAAGUUUCUUAUAAAAUUGAUGCGUGUAUUAUGUUGGUUGACUUUGGCCUCUGUUUGUUUUUCUUGAUUCUUUGUGUUUUUAGUAAGUAAAUGUUUUGACAGUGAAGGCAUUUAGUUUUUGAGGCCUUGAAUUAAAAUUAUUUACAAUUUAGUCUGAUUGAAGAGAUCUGGUAAUUGGGAAUGAUUUCUACAAUUUCUCAGCUCAGUUUUGCAGCUUCAGUAUCACCAGAACUACACACAUGUGAUAAAAAAUGGAAAUUUGUAUAUUUACAGCUUAGUCAUACAAUUCUUGCAUGAAAACCAAAGCAGGGAAAUAUCAAAGACGAAAGUGCCAUGUUACAUAUCAACUGGCUUCUGUGAAUAGGACAUGGUGCUUUAGCUUUAGAUCAUAUUUCUUGAGGUCAAUCUUCCUGCUCUUUUUCUUGGCAUAGAAGAAUCUAGUCCCAGCUGUUGAGACAAACCUGAUGAUCUUGAAAAGCAGCUUCUUCUUGGACCCCAUCCUUCUCCUGUGUGUCUUCUUGUCAGGUUCACCUCCCCUCUUUCUACUCAAUCUCUGCCCAACAAUAAUAUUGAAGUUUAUUCCUUUUAUUAGAAAAUCACUGAUAAAGUUUCGAAUAAAACUUUGGAUUUGAUUUGUUGGAAUAGAAAUAGUUUGUACCUUUCUCUUUGUGGUUGUUUGGAGCAUAUCUUUUGGCCUUACAAAUAAUGGGGUGAAUUUUUGGCCUUCUAAACAUCUAGUUGACAAAUAGCCUGAAAUAACAAAUGAGUGAUUUUGAUUCAGAGAAAGUUGAGAAACAGAGUCAACUAUUGGUGAUGGUUAAUCAGCAAAUAGUUGUAAGCUUUAUGAGUUUACACUACAUACAGUACUUACCUCUGGAGAACACAGCAUGGGAGAGGGAAGCAGAAGAAAAAUGAAGGUGAUGAGAGAGGAAAGGAUUUCUUUUGUGACAAGAAAGAGUUAAGCCUGUUUUUGGACAAAAAUGUGCUAUAGCUAUAGCAGUCGCCAUCUCUCUCUGUUUCUUUGUAUCUGACAGCGUAUGGGUAAAGAUGAGAUUUUAACUGCUAGCUCUCUUUGAUUUCAAUUUUUUUUGCAGCGUUGAACCCACACCCCCUCAAGAGAAGAAGAAUGAAAAUCUGGCCACGGAUUCCUUACUCCCCACUUUUAUGUGGGAGUAUCAUUUUAACCACCAUAAAAAUAUUUAUAAGUAGAACCCCGUUUUUU